AUCUAUGGUUCACUAAUAUUUAUGUAUUGAUUUUACCGGAUCAAUCAAAGAUAAUGGCAGAAUCUAAUGGAAAAGACAAAAUAAAUUGAUUGAAAGUCGUCUAUUACUUUACAUUCGAUGGUCAGGAUGCAGUCUUGUCGCUUUUGCGACCAAGGUGCACCGGACAGGGACCUCACGAAGACGUACUCACUUCUUGGGAAAACUGUGGUGUAUGCCGACAUGCUCAAGGAUUGCUUUGGUGUACAGUUGACCCUGGCACAUGGUUCCUGUGGUAUCUGCGUGACGUGUGCUAGCCGCUUGCGAGACGCGAGCCACUUCAAACUGCAGGUGCUUUGCAGUGAGGCGGAGCUACUGGCACAGAUACAACACACUGAGAUAGAAACAGGUGUGGAACCAGCCCCUAAGCAGGAAGAUGACUGUCAUCCUGUAAAAAAGCUAGAGGAUGUCAGCAAAGAUGAAACUGAUGAAGACGUUCUUGUGAAGUCCGAAGACUCUGUACCAAGCUGUAACGACAUAGGUGACGACGCGACGAAUGACGACGUUUUCUCGGAGACAGAAUGGUCCUGCGCAGCUGACGCGGACUCAUCGGAGCGCCUUGAGACUGCCCGCGCGAGGGUACAACUUAAGCUAGGGUGCUCCGUGAAGCUCGAGCGCCUCCGCGAAUUACGGCACGCGAGCCCGCCGUGCCCCGUGACGUCACACCGCGAGCCAAGCCCCGUGACGUCACACCGCGAGCCAAGCCCCGUGACGUCACACUGCGAGCCAAGCCCCGUGACGUCACACCGCGAGCCAAGCCCCGUGACGUCACACCGCGAGCCAAGCCCCGUGACGUCACACCGCGAGCCAAGCCCCGUGACGUCACACUGCGAGCCAAGCCCCGUGACGUCACACCGCGAGCCAAGCCCCGUGACGUCACACCGCGAGCCAAGCCCCGUGACGUCACACUGCGAGCCAAGCCCCGUGACGUCACACUGCGAGCCAAGCCCCGUGACGUCACACCGCGAGCCAAGCCCCGUGACGUCACACCGCGAGCCAAGCCCCGUGACGUCACACUGCGAGCCAAGCCCCGUGACGUCACACCGCGAGCCAAGCCCCGUGACGUCACACCGCGAGCCAAGCCCCGUGACGUCACACUGCGAGCCAAGCCCCGUGACGUCACACCGCAUCAAGCAAGCCAUAUGGAUGAGGAGAGCAAACCAUAUAGUUGUGAAGUAUGCCAAAAGAAGCUUGGGCGGAAACACGACUUGA